AUGUCUGUGGUGUCCGGUGGAGAAAGUGCUGUCGGCUGCAUCGGUGACGGCGAGAGAAGACCGUGGGCCGGCUGGACUGGCAGUUUGGCCUCGCCGGAGCUAGGGGCCCGUUUCCACAGCAGCACCACGGCCCCGUCCUCCAGCCCAGACCCCGGCGCGGCUGCCCGGGGGGCUUCUUCAGGCUCCUUGACGCCGCUCCAAGGGGCACCUACCUGGGCUUUGCCUGGGCCUCCAGCCAGCGGACUGGCUCCCGGUUUCAGCUCUGCGGGCCACAGUAAGAAGUGCCCUUAUCAACCCGCGCCCUGCCCCCCUCCCUGA